GUGGGUGGGAGCACCGUAGGGGAGUCACAUCCAGGUGGCAUAUAAAUAUCUUUAUAAGACCUGACACACCUCUCCUGCAAGCUCUCUUCAGGGAAAAAUGGCUCUGAAGAUAAAGAAAGCUGGAGGUAAAACUAGCAAACAAGAAGGACCUCAACACCCCUUUGACUGCCAACAAAUGAGGAUUGUCCUGCUGGGUAAAACAGGAGUGGGGAAAAGCGCAGUUGGCAACACCAUCCUGGGCAGGAAACAGUUUGAAUCUGCACUCAGAAGUGCUUCAGUCACCAGCCAAUGUCUAAAGCAACAUGCUAUAGUAUUUGACAGACCAAUUGCUGUUAUCGAUACCCCAGGCCUGUUUGACACUGAGCAGCCCAACAACGAAAUCCAGAAAGAGAUAGUGAAAUGUAUCCAGGUCUCCUCCCCAGGGCCACAUGCUUUCCUGUUGGUGAUGCAGCUCAACAGAUUCACUAAUGAGGAGAAGAUGUGUGUUGAAGCUCUGCAGGAGAUCUUUGGUGAAGAAGCAAAUAAAUUCAUGAUUGUCCUGUUCACCCGUGGAGAUGACCUCCAAAACCAGUCCAUUCAUGAAUUUGUCAGGGAUGCCAACUCACACCUGAAGGAGGUGAUCAGGAAAUGUGGGGGCAGAUACUGUGUCUUUGACAACAAGACAAUGUCUAAUAGGGACCAAGUGAAGGAACUGCUGGACAUGAUUGACAAGAUGAUGGCCCUGAAUGGAGACAACUUUUACACCCAGGAGAUGUAUGAGGAGGCAGAGGCAAAGAUCAGAGAGAAGGAGGAGGAGAUCAAGGAAGCAGCCAUAGAGAAGAAAAGACUCCAUCGAGAAAAACUAGAGAAAGAGCGAUUAGAGAGAGCAGAAAAACUUGCAGUACAGCUGAGAAGUGCGGUGGACCAGGAGAUUGAAAAGAGGUUAUCUGUAAUCAGGAUGGAAUACGAGCAGGAGCUGAAGGAAGCUAGAAUUAAGGCAGAGGAGUCUGAUCUCAAAUUGAGUUUCUCACAAAAACUCAAGAUGAAGGUUUCAAAAGCUUUCAGGAUUGUAAAGAAAUAAAUGGGUCAUAUUUCUGAAUACUCCUGAAUAUUCAGUAUUUCCGAGUAAAGCUGUAUACAUUUAAGAUUUUAAUUUCAAUGUUGUGUAAGUUCUGCUGACACUUUGAAUUGAACUGAAUUUUUCAUUGUAGUAUAUAAAUAUAUAACAUCAAUCUUCAGAUAAUACUUGUAAUUUGGUGUAUUAAGUGCUUUUAUAUUAUAUAUUUUUGCUUUAUGCUUAUGUCUACUCCUCUUUGAAUAUGUUGGGAAGUGGGUAUUGCGUGAAUAUAGUUUAUUUAAAAUACAACAUACUACAUUUAUUUUUACUAACAGUCAAAUAUUUCAUAUUAAGAUAA